AUGGCGAUGAAACGAAAUGGAAAGUCGCAUGUCUCCUCCGACUCUGAUGAAAAAUUCAUGUCCUUCAAGGAUAUCUCUCUAGGUCCCCAUGAAGCUCAACUACGCUUCCGACUCAUCCAUUUCUGGGAGGCUCGGAACCCGGUGAAGAAGACACUGAUUGGCCUCGAAAUGCUCCUCAUCGACGAACAGGGAACUGUUAUUCAAGGAUUCAUCCCACCGGGACGAAUUAAUAAGUACUUGCCUGAGAUGAAACGCGGCUCAGUUUACAAACUCAUCAAUUUCUACGGAUCGAAAAACAAACCGGUGUAUCGGGUUGCUGAUCAUGUCGAAACCGUGUCUUUCGCAUGGAACUCUGAAAUGUCGGUUCUUCACGAGAUUCCGAUCUCUUUUGAUGAAGACCGUUUCAGAUUUCAUUCAUACAAAGAUUUUGAAGCCAACUGUGAUCUCAAAGGUGACCUCCACGAUGUUAUUGGCCACAUGAAGCUGGUCAAUGGACAGACUCUUAUUGAGCGUCCCAGCCUUGAUGAUGUGAAGAUCGCUACCACUCGGCAUAUUAUGAUUCAUGUGCAAUCGCAUGAUGGACCUGUGAUGAAGUUCUACCUUUGGGACCAGACUGCAACAGACUUUUGCAAGAAAUUCAACUCCUGUGAAAAUACUCCGACAGUGCUUUUGGUCACAACUGUUAACACUAAACGUCUCGGAGGUACCCUUGCCCUAUCCUCUAUGUCCUCCACACGGGUCUUCAUGGACUAUGAUGUCCAACCAACAAGGGAUUAUUUCACCUGGCUGGGCUCUAACCCAGAGAUUGCUAAUCAAGUUAGCACAGACGUCAUCACUAAGCGUGAGACACUGACUAUAGCAGAUAUAUUCUCCUAUAUGACUCAGGAAUCUGCAAAGUGCACGGCUACGAUUGAUGAUGUUGUUCAUGGCUCUCCUUGGUACUACAUUGCAUGCAGUGAGUGCCAUUCUAAGGCUACCAACGACCCAAGUUCGUUGAUUUGUACAAACACAAAAUGUGGAAAGGUUAACACAGCUGACGUUCCACAGUACCGGGCAAAGAUUUCUGUUUAUGACAACAGUGAACAAGCUUUUUUUGUCAUACUUGGAGAUGCUGGGCGUGAGUUGACUGGUAGGCACGCAUCCAAGUUAGUUAGCAGCUACUUUGAGGCUAAUAAAAGCGAAGGAGCUGACCAUGAGGUGUCUGUCCCGGAAGCUCUGAUCAGUACCAUCGGACAGACACAUAAGUUCUGUGUGAAAGUCACAGACCACAACUUCACAGGCAAUACCCGAGCCAUAACUGUCACCAAGAUCCUCCCUCUAGACACCCCACCACCCACGGAAGCCUCAGUUGGAAAUGACAUUGGUGCAAUGUCCGAGGAAGCAAAGGAGUCUGGAAACGACGUCUGUGAACCUCCCACAGGCCGUGUAGAUCCUGCAGAUGAGGAGAGCAAGCGGCCGUGUAGCAGUGCUGAUCCAAGGACAGCUAAACGCUCAAGGUGUGAGAAUUAG